CAUGGAACGUAGUUGGAGCCAGAGUAUGCCGUGAAUACGAGCGUACGCCUCGUUCUAAUGACCUACUCUUAAUACAACCAAUGUAUACGUGUCCGUUGUAGCACGAAAGAGAGGUCCCAAGCUGCAUAGUGCUCUUUGCGAGGGACAAAACUUAAGUUCAGUCAUCGACCGACCGGUUUCCUGUUUCGAGUACCGUCGGGGGUCUCUUGUCACUGACUCUGAUUCACCGUUCGCCGAUGCGAGGAGAACAGUGUCGCGAGAAAGCAGGGUCCUCGAUUCGAUCAUACAGACGAGGCCACCUGUCGCUUAAAAGAUGCGCUUCGUGAUUUUUGCAUCAAUUUGUCUUUUGACAUUAGUCGUAAGACGUGUAUUAUCUCAUGGAAGACUGAUAGAACCACCCUCAAGGGCAUCUAUGUGGAGAUAUGGUUUCGACACUCCCCAUGAUUACAAUGAUCACGAGUGCUAUUGCGGUGGCUUCACUAGACAAUGGCAACGAAAUAAAGGAAAAUGUGGAAUUUGCGGAGAUCCUUGGGACUCGUCUACCCCACGUUUGCACGAAACUGGUGGAAAGUAUGGAAAUGGGGUGAUCGUUCGAAGAUAUCGAACUGGUUCCGUUAUACCGGUACGCGUCGAGUUAACAGCAAAUCAUUUUGGCUAUUUUGAAUUUCGCACGUGUCCAAUGAUCUAUCGUGACAAGGAAGUUACACAGGAAUGUUUGGAUAAAUAUCUACUACGUGGAGAAAAUCUUACAGCAAGAUAUUAUCCUGGUCCUGGUAAUAAAGUCUUCGAAGGAUAUUAUAAAUUACCAGAAGGAUUGACAUGCAGACAAUGCGUAUUUCAAUGGAGAUACAUAGCUGGAAAUAAUUGGGGUGAUUGUGGAAAUGGGACAGGUGCCAUUGGAUGCGGACCGCAAGAGGAAUUUCGUGCAUGUGCCGAUAUUGCUAUCGGUGACAAUGAAACUUUAUCGUUACCAGAUCUUCCAAAAGUGCCAACAACAAAAAGUACACCUAUGGAUACAUCAACAGAGGAACCAACUUCGAUACCAAUAUCAGCACCCUCAUGGUUAUUCAGUAUUAUCAUCGCUGGUACGUGUCUUUUGGUGGUGCUGGCUGCUAUGGCACUGCUUUACGCGUAUUAUUACCACGCUGGUAGAGCCAAAAAAUGGCUUUUGCAAAGAAGACUUCUGACACCAGAGAAUCCACCUGUGGCUCCGCCAAGACACAAGAAAUGUCACAUCUCUAAUGCACAAUUGCAAAUGUAAUAAUACACAACAACGAUUAUUGAUUUUGUACGUGUUAUUAUAAAAGAAAUUUCUUUCAUAAGAUUUUUCUUAAGUAUACCCAU